AUGACGACUGCAUCAGCAAGUGUGUUUCCGAUGCAUGCUAUGCAGAAGUCUAUGCGGAAGACCCUUUGGAGCCAGGUGAAGUGGAUCGGGUCAGGCAGACGAGAUUCAACACCUGCGUUCGGAAAGAGCACGAUGACGAGACGAAGCGGCUUGUGGAGGAAAGAAAAGCUGCCAAGGCUGCCCGGUGACCCCAUUGGGACGUUCCGACAUCGCUCACAGAUCACCCGCCGACCGGCUUGCAGAAAUGUGCGAGCAGAUCGGACAUGGCCGGCGCCAGAGCAAAAUGAGGUGCUGGCUUCCUGUGUGGGGUGCUUCCGUACUCCAGCCUGUAUGGCAUUUGGUGUUGUAGAAUAUGUUCUUGUGCUCCAGCUUGGAUAUUCAUGA